UUGUGUGCACGGGAGAUUUAAACAUAAGAAUUUCGUUGAUCAAAAUUAACGUGUCGUGUAAAAAAUUGGUGAUGAUAAAAUACAAUACGAACUGAAAACAAUUCCAUCUUUAAAUUGUCGUCGAUGCCUUAAUGUGCACCCAACAAUCACACAAACAACGUCUACAACAAUAAAUUCAAUACCAACUGCGGCUAAAAAUCUACCGUUAAUUAAGUAUUUGUUGCAUCAGAAACUCUCCAACACUUGAACCGGAUAUUAACCAUUAAAAGUAAUAGCGGCGGCUUUAAGUGCAGCGAUAGCAACACAACUCUAAGCAGAGCAUCUUGAGAAAAUAACACAUCAACAAAGCAUUCACCAAGCACAAAGGAAACACAACAACAAUAACAAUAACAACAAACUGUAAAAAAGCUUUUGCGCUGCCGCACCAAGGUCGUUUGAUUUAAGAAGGAAAAAACCAAAAAUAAGAGAAAAACAAGUUAAGCAUUGAAUGCGUCGUCGGUCGUACAACAUGCAAGCAGUGUAUGAGAAGUGUUAGUUUUAUGGUCGUUUCGAACGAGUUGGCAACGACACGAACGUUUGAAGCAAUCUGAAGUGGUUGGAAGCAGUUUGAGAGGCGGUUGCAACACACACGUACAACGUACAACGUCAACGUACAACGUCAACGUACAACAGAAUCAGGACAGGAUAAUAAAGACAACACAUUUUCAGUUUGGAGCAAACAUUUGACGCGAAUGCAAGUCAGAACUUCAUUUGUUGCAUUGGAACAAAGAUCUCCGUUGACAGUGGAGCCGUCUUGUCCAAAGAGAAAAAAAUGCGAUAUGGAUCGAGAACGCGAGAGAGAGGCAAAAUCUUUGGAGCCGCGAGAUUUAUCAUCGACUGGCCGUAUUUAUGCUAGAAGCGAUAUUAAGAUAAGUGCGUCACCAACUGUUUCCCCAACGAUCUCAAACUCAUCCUCGCCGACGCCCACCCCACCAGCAACAAGUACAUCUGUACCGCCUAUCGGAUUACCAAACACUGUAGCGGUUGGGCCAGGCAGUGCAUCUACAGCAGGUGCCAGUUCCUAUUUGCAUAGUAAUCAUAAGCCAAUCACUGGCAUACCAUGCGUAGCAGCAGCAUCUCGUUACACAGCUCCUGUGCAUAUAGAUGUUGGUGGCACCAUCUAUACCAGUUCACUCGAAACUCUGACCAAAUAUCCAGAUUCAAAGUUGGCCAAGCUCUUCAAUGGUUCCAUACCCAUAGUGCUGGAUUCAUUAAAGCAGCAUUACUUUAUUGAUCGCGAUGGUGGCAUGUUUCGACAUGUGCUUAAUUUUAUGAGGAAUUCGAGACUCUUGAUAGCAGAUGAUUUUCCUGACUUAGAGCUCUUAUUAGAGGAAGCACGUUAUUUUGAAGUGGAACCUAUGAUAAAGCAGCUUGAGAGUAUGCGGAAGGAUCGAGUACGCAAUGGCAACUACCUUGUGGCACCACCGACACCACCUGCUCGCAUUAAAAGCAGUCCUCGCACAACUUCGACACCCGAAUAUAACUACGAAGUCGUCGCCUUGCAUGUAUCACCUGAUUUAGGUGAACGCAUUAUGCUGUCAGCGGAGCGCUCAUUGCUGGACGAAGUUUUCCCAGAAGCCAAUCAAGCAACACAGACCAGUCGGAGUGGGGUGUCCUGGAAUCAGGGUGAUUGGCGACAAAUUAUACGUUUUCCCCUUAAUGGUUAUUGCAAAUUAAAUUCCGUGCAAGUUUUGACACGUCUACUGAAUGCUGGCUUUACCAUUGAGGCUAGCACUGGUGGCGGUGUAGAGGGUCAACAAUUCUCAGAAUACUUAUUAGUGCGUCGGAUUCCAAUGUGAUAGUCUGGAGCAGAAAUUUGUAAAUUAAGUUAAAAAAUCCACAUAAUUUCAUAGAUGAAAACCAUUUUAAAAUAUAUAUAAACCAUAUUUCAACUAAUAUUAUUAAGUGUAUAGUUUGCGGUUAUGCCGACAUACGGAUACCCUACCCAAGGAUCUUAUUGCACUUUUGCACUUUUGUUAGAAUUUAAGUUUUUCGGCCUAGACCUAGAUACGUUGUUGGCAGUAACUUAAUUAUUGGAUUGAUGUGGCAAUGAGAAAACAUAAAUAAUAUUGAUGUCCCGUGGGAUUCUGUUUUGUUUGUAUUGUAGGAUAAAACCAAGAUUUGCAAUAUUUCUACUUAGUGCCAUCAGGUUGCUUAAUUUUUAUGGAUCACUGACACACAUAGGAUAUGUAAAAAAUUUAUAUUAUAAUCAAUAAAUUAGCAUAGGUAUCGAGAAAAACGGGGUUAACAGAAGCUCAGUACAACCGGUACACACUAUCGUUGGUGUCGAAGACUGCCACUUUGCUCUGAGGCUGAACUUUUUAAACCUAAAGAGAAAUGGAAAAUGAAUUUAAAAUUCUUUUGUCAAUAUUAUGAAUGCAACUGUGUGCUUUGUAAGGGGUGUAGGGUGUUGCGAAUAAGCAUUUUUGAAUUAAAUUAAACUAAUUGAGAAUCGCUUUAAGCGGUUCUCACUCGUCGUUAGUGUUUCACAACUUAAUUAAAUAAUUACAGUAGAUUUAAGCUCAGCUCUCGAUGUUUAUAUAUGCAAUUUAGUCAGGAGAAUUUGUUGUAAUUUAUGUUUUGUUUUACAGAUAAGUAAGGUAAAUUUAUUUAAGAUAAUUUCUGAAAAGUACUGAUUUAAUCUGUUAAGUACAUAUAUUAUGCAAUUAAAAAAAGAAAAUAA